CCUUAGCUUUCUGCUCAGCUGAUUGCUGUUUUCAAGAUGGUUGCCUUAUCACCCUCUCUUGAAAUUUUCCUUAAUCAAACACGUUGCUCUGUUAGUGAUGAAUGCUAUCACUAUGAAACUCGAAAACAGACAACUACCUGUUCAAUCAUCUAAAGAUAAAUCAAGAGUCCCCAUCAUAGCUAAGAAAUGUAAAAACACUAGGAAGAAAUCCAUCCUUCUUAACACUGACAAAGACGCCUUGCUAAAUAAUCAUGGCUUGGGAUGUAAAUCCAGUGAUCCAGCCAAUCCUAAUGAUACAAAAUCUAAUUCUUCCCCGGAAUUAAAUUCAUCUAAGAAAGUACGUUCGAAAAAAGUUGUUCCCAAACCUAAUGAUAAAAUGCCCCCGAAAUCCGAGAAGAUGCAAGAACGCUUAGAGCAAUUUUUGAGUGCCGAUGUUCGUGAAAAAGUUUCUUCAAUAUUAAAUGAAGUAAAAGCUUUGUCAGAUGUUGAGAAAUUAUUCCUGUAUUUGCAAUUACCAACUGGUGCUUCUCUAGAAAUUGAUCCUUUUAAACCAAAAACUCAAAAUCCACUUGGGAAAAAAGCUGAUGAAGAGGGAUUUGUUGCAGUCAAUUGGAUUCAAAGUCACUUUGAAGAAGAUCCAGAUGUUUCAUUACCAAAGCAAGAAGUUUAUAAUGAAUACCAAGCUUUUUGCCAAAUGUCUGGAACAGAUUCCCUUUGUGCAGCUGAUUUCGGCAAAGUGAUGAAGCAAAUUUUUCCAUCUGUUAAACCUCGUAGACUCGGUACUAGAGGAAAUUCAAGGUACUGUUACAGUGGAUUGAGAAAAAAAUUAAAUCUGAAAUCUCCAACAUUACCAGAUAUGCAUGCAGAAACUGAAAAUUCUGAGUCCCAAGAAGAAGCCGGUAUGGAUGAAACUACGUCUGCAUCCUGUCACAUUAUUUUCCAAUGGGCCGAAAAACUCUUCUCCAGAAAAUUUACAUCUCUUAAGAGCUUGGCAUCUUAUUUAUUGGAAUAUAUGUAUGUUGACAAUAGAUCUGUAGCAGCUUUUACUGUCCUUUUAGAGGGAUCUCCCGAACUUUUAGAGAAAGGGUUUGCAAACAGUGAAGGUGGCAUGAAGAAAAGUGAUGCUCAAAUGCAUCUUCAAAGAAAAAUACAAGAAAAAGAAUUAAUCAAAGAGCAGAAGAAAAAACUUCAAGAGCAGCGCUCUAAUUUAAGCAUUUCAAAUAAAGCCAAGGUUCCUUCAUCAAAAAAGAAAAUUUUAAAAUCCAAGAAAAACAAGUUGUCAUCAUCUAUUGAUUUAACUGAUUUCUCUUUGGAUAAAGAAUCAAAUAGUUUGCCUACAAAAAGCAGUGAAGGCAGUUCUGAGGAAAUUUUGCUUCAGGAUAAUUCAAGCUUUGAAAUAAAGGAAGAGGAAUUUGAAAUGGAAUCAAUAUCUUUAAUUCCCAAUAAUAAAAGUCCGACAAAGUUGGAUGCCUUCUCUGACCAACUUUCUGCUGAUAAGAAUUCACAUCCAAGUCCAGGAAGCUCAAAUGACAUUGAAGACAAUGUUAAGAAGAAGAGUACAUUUCUCAUUUCACCUCGGAAAACUCCGGUAUGUGUAGCCCAAAGUCUCCCUGGAAUAAUAAUUUUACCACAGCUUACAGAUAUAAGUAAGCAAGCUGCCUCACCUCCUAAGUACAAGCGUAUUCAACCAAAGCCAGUAAAAGUCGACAAUUAUUCUGCAGUUAUGAGAGCUCGAGCAGGAUCUGUAGGAUCUUGUUCAGUGAACAAGCCUAAAUCAAAAUUGAAUGAUGGAAGACGUAGUUCUCAUGCUUGGCUACAGUCUGCAAAUAGUCCAGAAAGUAAUGAAGAUAAUGUAUCUAAGAAUGUUACCUCUAAUAUCAAAAUUGUUUCACUAAAAUCUCCCCCUUCGAAAAAUAAUUCAAGAAGAAACAGCUUUGUUGUUCCAAAAGAUAUAGCAACUGAGAAACAGAGUUUAAUUUUAGAAAAUAAUGAUCCUAAAACUAAUCUUAAUGGUGCUGAAAUAGCUUCAAGUCUUUCACAUGUUAAUUUGUCUACUAGUAACAUAUCUGAGCUUAUAUUAAAAUCUGGUCUUGCAGGCGAUAGUCUGGACUCCAGUCUUCCAUCAGAAGAUAACCGUUCUCUCAAAAGGCAUUUAAGUGAAAAUAGUGGAUCUGUGGCAGCCAAGCGAGCCCAUUUAGACAUUAACAAAAGUGUAGAUUUAAUUAAAACAUUUUUAUCAAAUUCAAAUGAUACUUAUCAGACGAAUAAUUUGACUUGUCUUUCAGUGCAAGAAACACCCAUCCAACCAAAAGCUGUUGCGAGUGAGGAAGAAGUUAGUGUACAUGAUAUUGAAGGUGAUGCUCUUAUUGAUUACUUCCGUGGAGUUACAGCUAAUUCUUCAACAAAUUCUUUACCACUCUUGAAAGAGAAAAAUGAAUCUGAGCAAAGGCAACUAACUUGUAAUAAUAAUAAAGUGAAGCAGUUGUCACAACUUCGAAUGUUGCUGGAACAAAAUCUUCCUAAACGAGGGUCAAAUGUAUCAUCAGCAAGUUUGAAGGAUGUUCCUGCAUCAUCAGCACCAUCUACAAUCAUACAAAAUAAUACUUUGUCACAAACAAUUGGUACAUCAGCAAUCACCGGGAAAGGCCUUUUAUCUAAUGAAAUACAUGUUCUAAAUAAUCAGUUAGAUUUAAAUAACUUGUGUAGUUCUGAUCUUGUUUCUACAGUUAUCAAUGAUAAGCUUAAUUCCAAUAAUUCUCAAGUCAAUUCUAUUGAUAGAUUAUUUUCUUUUGAUUUAUCGCCUGAAUCAAAUGCUAAUAUAAAUAAUACAAAUGAACUUGCUGAUCCUACAAUCUUUUUAAAUUCUACAAAACAUGAAUCACAGAAGGGAGAAAUUAAUUUGAACACUGGCUUAUCAGAUCUAAAACAAAGCUUAGAUACUAAUAAUUUGUCUAGUGCUUUUGAGUAUGUGAGUCACCAAGUCUUAAACUCUAGUUCUGGAAGAGUCAAUACCUAUACUCAAGUACCAUCUGUUCCUCAAAGUCCUAAUACCAGAAGGCGUGCUUUCAAUUUUAUGCCAAUAUCUCCUAGACAUACUCCUGUUCCAGAUACUUUAAACAAUAAUGCACCAAAUAUAUCGUCGCCAGUACCAAAUCAGUACCCAAGAAAUAUGAUGUCCAUUGCUGUGGGGCCUUCACAGCCUCCCAGCAAUGCAGGAAGUCCAUUUAUUUCUCCAAGAUCUACUCCAGUAUCCAUGUGCCGUUCUCGCCAUAGCUCUGGUCAGAGCACUUACAGUACGUCCCGCCACACACCAUUUCAGAAUUUUGACUCUGGUGUUUCUUCUGUCUCUUCCUCCCCAUUUAUUUCUCCCCAGCCUACUCCAGUACCUGUCAGUAGAUUAAGACAUAAUUCAAGUCACAGCUCUAAUAAAACUGUAACUUUUUGUUCUGUUAAUAAUCCUCAAAUUAUGCAUAGCCAGUCAAUGAAUAAUAUGGGACAGUUGCGUUCAAGACACAGUUCUGGUCCAGGUGGACCAUACCAGACUGGAAAUUUAUGCCUAUCUAGGAGUGCUCCAUUGUCACCUUUGGUGAAUGAGCAGUGUCCACCAUCCAAUUUUGUAUUUCCAUCGGUCAGUGAAGUGAGAUCUCGCCAUAAUUCUGGUUCAAAUGCCACAACACCGCUGUCUCCAGUUUCUGAGCAAGCAUCAUCUUCGAGUAGCUGCACAAGCAAUCUUCCAGAUCUUUCCAGUGUCACAGAGGCUGCAUCCUUGUUGUCCCAUUCUCUUCUAAAUGAUAGUGCAGGUGACUUGCUCAUCAAUGGCAACCAGUCCAACUUCAAACAAGUUCGUCAACGACAUGCUUCAAGUUCUGUCAUCUACACUAAACCUUAUCUUGCUGUGAAGGAUACUUAUUCUCCAGAGAUACAGAAUUUAUUGAAGAACAGUGAGAACAGCGGUGAUGGAUUGCCCCAUUCUUUGUUUAAUCGAAGUCAAUCCGUUCCUUUGCAUCAAAUGAUUCAGACCUUAGAUAAUAAUUAUUGUCUUCUGCCUCAACCUGUAGAGGACCCAGUGCCUAGAUCACACCCCACAACACCUGUGACAAAUCAAAUGUUUUCAUUCCCCCUUUUGAGUUCUGGCCAGGAUAGUUCUGUGCUCGGCAGUGACCUUCUGAAUCGCGAGAAGGCCCUUGCCCCAUCUAUUCAGAUGGAAUGGGCAGGGCUGGAAAAUGCUGGCGAUGUAGAUAUGAGUUCUGCAAGGCGCAAUUUGGCCAACUUUUUAGAUCCACCACUUACAAUAGAUUCAGAUUUGCAGACAACACUGGAAGAUCUGAGAGAUUGUGAUACAGACUUUUCGAAAUUUGCACAGGAAUUAGAGCUGAACCAGAAUGAAGAUGGAGACCUGCAGUACGAAGACUCCCAAAGAUUUUUGUACUUGUAUCCCUUUAUGGUGAUGGCAGACACUGUCUGAACUUAUACACCAAAAAUUGUAUCUGUAAAUUCAACACAGAGAAAAACAUUUCAAGAAGACAAAGAAGUAAGAUUAUUUCAGUUUUUAAUAA